CAAACAUCCGGACGUCCGGAAGUAAAUUUAAAAUCGUCGCAGUUUGGCUUAAAUCUACACAAAUUUCGUUCCCUUUCAAGAUGUCUCUAAUAUUUGACCAUCGGGCGACUAUGCGCGGCAUAAGGAAAUGUCCCCAGUGUGGAACGUUCAACGGGCAUCGUGCUACGAAAUGUAAAAAUCGAUCCUGCCAGCAAAAGCUAAAGGAAACGCCGAGUACUUCCGCAAAAAGCAGCCCUUCAUCCACUCCCUUUGCGGUACAGUUGGACCAUUCUAACGGCCAGCUGUACAGUGUUGGCCUAGCCGAUGGGACGCGACACAUUGUCCAGUGCUGUAAAGAUGCGGAUGGUACUAUCACUUCCCUGUCCCACCUCGAUGGUCGCAAAAUUGCUCAUCAGGAUACGAUUAAGCAGCUCAUUUUAGGCUGCAAAGCUACAGCCGAAGCCUUACCGUUGCUCAAAGAAGCGAUCAAUUCACUGUGCGUGCCGGAAGAUGUAAAGCUUUCCCUGUGGGAAAAACAAUCCCAACCCGCUACACCCCCGUUGGUGCAACGUGUGGUAAAUGAUUUGUUUGCUGUUGGGCGCGGUCAAACGGUGUACGGUGUGCAUCAUGUAGCGGCACUGAAAAAGAACCAAAAAUAUUCCCACUUUCACUGUGAUUGUUGCAAGUCGUCCGAGAGACAGCAAAUGACCCCGCCGAUAUGCUGGCACGUGGCGGCCGUUGCAGCCGGAUUGCUGAGCGCACCGGCCAAGCAUGGAUGGGCGAGCCUGUUGCAACAAUUUAUCGCCAAAACGAUAAACCCUCAACAAUGUCCGAGCGUGCUGGAUGUGCGGGAGGAUAAGCCGCCCCUGUCCUACGAGUUCCUUCUCGAGCAGGACCAUGGACCGAUGCAGUCAAUGCUGGACUCGACGAUAAUGGAAUUUUUGAACGAGCAGCAGGACCACGGUACCGACCCAGGGCUCGGCAGCAUCUUUGCCGGGGGCGAUGAAAUCCUCGAGCUGCUGGACUGUCAGAUCGAGCUGAUGGACGAGCUGGAUCCGACGGAUCGGAUCGACUUUUGCCCUUCGUACAUCGAGUGUGCACCGGAGGAGGAAGCGGAGGAGAGGCGAGAAGUGUUGCCGGGAAAGGCGGUACAAAUUACGACCAAAAAGGCAGCCCUCAAGCGGUGCGCCCGGAUGGACGGGGCGAAGCUGACACGGGGCAGUUACAGCGCCCGCAAGCUAAUGAAGGUACUCGAAUCGAACGGCGUCAUUUUCAAUCGGCUGGGGCGUGCGGCAAAGGGGGAUCUCGAGGGCGCCUCCAUUCCCCCCUACGAAGCAACCGCAUGCAGUUUGUCCUUUACCCGCUGGCUUGGGUCGGUGAUUGAGCAGCUCAACUCGAGCAUCGAUUACGCCGCGGACGGCCGACCGGAUGUGCAAACGUUUCGCAUACAGGAGGAUUUCUUCCGCUGCUUGCGUGCCCGCUUCUCCACUGGCCAUGGUUUGCGGCAACCCGAACCGGUGGAGGGAGAAACCCGACAGGGCGGGGUAAACAAUCACCCCCAGGUGUACAGGUUUACUCACCACCAAACGCUGCGGCACACGUUUCGCACGGACGAGAUGGAGCUUUGCUUCGAAAAGAGCUUCCAUCGGAGCGCGGACGGUCGUUACACUGCUGCCGCGGACGAUCUGGCCGACGAGCAGAAUGAUUCCUCGUCUGGAGAAGGUGCGGGAGCUUCGAGCCGGACAAUUGCUAUUCGGGCGCAACGGUACAGCACGUACAUUAAGCUGGGUCGCUACAAGCACGAGCAGAAUCCGGAGCGCGUGUACCACUUUACGAUCGAAUGGAUUGGUGGCGUUCUGCCGCGCAGUAGGUUCGGUGAUUUGCGCAUUUCGUUCGAGUAUGGGCAUCGGAUAAACAACCGGUACGUUCCGCCUCCUCCGGUAGGUAGUAAAGAGUAACCGUUUUUUUUUUGCUGACUUUUUCCAUAACAUUCAAAUAGAGUGAAGGAAGGUGUAUUAUU